GAGGGGCAUGCAGGACUGGAAAGGAGCGGUGUCUGCACAAACAUCUGCUUUUUAUGAAACGGGAGCUUCGCACUGAACAUAGAGAAACUGAAACAAAAAAAUAUCGAUCCAUUCACAUUAGUUUCAAUGCGAUACCAGCACCAACAUUGGUAUUGAUACUAUUGAUAAUUGGAUGGACCCGCCCACCCGUAAUGCGGAGUGCAGACAAGGUGGAAGCUGAAGAUCCGAUGAAUGCGGUAGGCGAAGCUCUGAAAUGUCACACGAUGACCGUGAGACACACGAUCCGCCCUUAACAGAUGUCAUUUCACUGCACCGUUUAGAAGAAACUUGAGAGUCUUACCAGUUCGUCUCGUGGCACAUUUUGCACGACCUCAGCCUGGGCUGACAGCACCAUCAAGAGAACUUCGAGACGCGGGGGGAAACCGGCAAGCAGGAGAAGCCAUGGACUUGAUAAUCUGGUUGAAGGGAUCCAAUCCUCUCCUGCUGCCCCUUCUGCUCUUAUCUUUAGUGGGCAGCAUUCAUGCCGAGCUCCCCUAUCCUCCUACCGCCACCCCGCUGUUUGAGGGAUACCCUUACGGCGUCAUAUGGAACAUGCCAACUCCUGUUUGCAAGCAGAACAACAUCCCGCUGGACACCUCGCCGUUCCAGGCCGUUACCACCCCAGAGGCUGUUCCUGACCAGUUCCUCUUCCUGUUCUACACCGACCGUCUGGGGUUGUACCCAUUUGUGGAUUAUGCCACCAAUAAGGAGAUCAAUGGAGGCAUCCCACAAAAGGGCAACCUGACAGCCAGCUUGGAUAUCGCCCAGUUGGACGUUGCCCACUAUAUGCCUUCAGAAACCUCCACUGGUCUGGCUGUCAUUGACUGGGAGGCCUGGCGCCCCCUGUGGGACGGGAAUUUGCAUUCUAAGACUAUCUACCGCACGUUGUCUAUUGACUAUGCCCGACAACUUGACCCCUCACUUUCUCCAUCUCAAGCCGAGCCUGUGGCCAAGGAGCAGUUCCAGACAGCUGCUAGAAACUUCAUGGAGGACACAAUGAGUCUAGGGAUCAGUAUGAGGCCCAGUUACCUCUGGGGCUUCUAUCUCUUCCCUAAAUGUUACAAUGAUAUGUGGGAAGAGGCUGAAUACACAGGUAUGUGCCCAACAUGGGCACAGGCAGAGAACGACCAGCUCCUGUGGCUGUGGCAGACGAGCACGGCCCUCUACCCAUCCGUCUACCUAGCGACCAGUCUGGCUAACACCCACAAGGCCGCUCUGUACGUCCGUAACCAAGUUCAUGAGGCCAUGAGGGUGGCCAGCCAGCCUAAGCACCCCUUCAAUGUCCCCAUCUACGUCUACACCCGUCCUGUCUUUACUGACCAAACCAACAAAUUCUUGAGUGUGGAGGACCUGGUCCACACCCUGGGGGAGAAUGCAGCUGUAGGGGCCUCGGGUUCAGUGCUCUGGGGGGGCACUACGGACUUUGAAGACAAGGCGUCAUGUGAGGCCUUAUCCUCCUACCUGACCUCCACCCUGAACCUCUACAUCACCAAUGUGACGGCAGCUUCCAGGCUCUGCAGCGAGUCACUCUGCCAGGGUAACGGCCGCUGCAUCCGGAAGGACUACAACUCUGACGUCUACUUGCACCUGAAUCCUGCUAGCUUCUCUGUCCAAAAAUCCAACGGGAAGUACGUGGCGGUGGGCAUUCCCACCCUCUCUGACCUCACCUACUUCUCCGAUCACUUCACCUGCCAGUGCUACGCUGGGCUGAGCUGCUCGCCCCGGAUAGCGAGUGAGCUCCCCAACACACCCGUGACCAUUCCUGUGUAACACAGCCCUUCAAUACGCUAUAGGCUGACUACCCUUUAAAAAUGUUUAAUCAUCUUGCUGAUUCAUUUAUUCAUUUCCUGUUUUGUGAAACUUUUGUUUUCUCUUUUGAAAGUUAAGUUUGGAAUUGGGGGAGGCCAGAUUCAGUGGGGUGAAGGCUUGCGCUGUGCCCUCCCCAGGUACUAGUCAUGCCCUUCAGUCCUCCAUCUAAGGAUGCCUAAAACAUUUAUUUGCAUUUAAAUCUUUUGGUAACUAAUCAUUCAGUCCAGCUCUUCAUUUUUUCCCCCCAAUUGGUUUCUGAUUGGCUGGUUGGGAAGCAUAAAAUUCAGGAACAAGCCAAUUGUCACUGUCACUCUAUGUGCACUGCCCCCGUGCUUGUGAACGUGUCUCUUGUCAAGUGCUUCUGAAGUAAUUAGCUUGGUUACUCAAGAAGAAGUCUAGCUCCAUCUAUAGCUUAGUCUGAUUUUGUCAUAAUCCAUCUUUUGGUUCAUUGUUUUUAUUUGAACCAUUUCAGUUUUUAAUAUAUAUUUUUUGUAUUUUAAUAUAACACACAAAGAUGUUUUUAUUUGAUUUAUCGAACAUGAACAAGGCUGUAGAAUCGUAUUAGAUACACUCCACAAAAGAGAAAGUUAAAAUGAUCAAAAAAAAGUUCAGCGAUGUUGUCACAGAUUGGAUCGUGGACAAGUGACCACAUUUUAUGUUUAUAAAAUGUUGGCGAAUUACUAUUAUGUUGUGAACAUAAUUAUGAUGUUGUUGCAGAUAACUUAUGAGUUUAAUUUAGCUGUUUUCCUCCCAACCUUAAGGAAAGUUGUUUAAUAUAGAUUUUGACCAGAAUCGUCCAGCUUUGUCUCAGUAUAUUAAACAUCCUUCUUGUUGUCUUUGUAAAACUUAGAUGUUACCAUUACAAUUGUGUGAUGUUGUAAUGAAAUGGAUAUUUUUCAUCUUUGUUGGUUUUAUGAAUAAAUUUGAAUAAAAUUGUAAUUUUGAAUA